CCAUCUCUCCCUAUAUAUAAGUGACCCCUCCAUACCAUUUGAUUCAACAACCACAAAUCCUUGUUAUAUCAGUAUUAUUAUUUGCUACAUAAAGUUUACGAUUAUUUGAUUCCAAUUGUGCAAGAGCAAACAUCAGUGUUGUGAUGAGUGGAAAGAUGAGUUCAACAAGAAAAGCUGUUGUGGCAGUGAGUGUUGGAGUUGUGGAAGCCAUGAAAGACCAGGGGAUCUGCAGGUGGAAUUUUAUCAUAAGAUCAGCGCAACAACAUGCGAAGAAUAAUCUCAGGUCGAUUUCCCAGACCAGGAACCUUUCUUCUUCAACUUCUGCUAUGGUUUCAAGCAAAUUGAGAGACGAGAAAAUGAAGCAGUCAGAGGAGUCUCUGAGGAAAGUCAUGUACUUGAGCUGUUGGGGUCCCAAUUGAAGGCAGUAUAUUCUUAAUAUAUAUAGUCAGCUGAAGAAGGUGAUCAACUGAGCAUACGAGUGAGUUCUGAUGGAACUUCGUUGUGUAGAAAAGACUUCAGGAUUAACGGGGUACAAGAGAUUUUAUACAUGGCUUGUUGGUGGGAAAUGUCAGGCCGAGCUGGUACUGACAACGAAAGCUAUUGAAGGCUAUUAAUCUUUUUGAAACGAAAUAUGUAUAUGGGGGCUUUUUUUUCUUUUCUUUUCUUUUUCUUUUUUUUUUAACCGAGGGAAAUAAUGUUUCUUUUAGUCAUGCAAUAAUUUAAUAUGAAUUUUUUUUA